AUGCCCACCUUCUUCUUGUUCCUCCUCUUCUUAUCCUGCGCCCUCCGCCCCAUAUACUCCACCGGCACUGGCACCACCCACAACCGCCGCAUUCUCCAUCAACCCUUUCAACCACAAGAGUCCAUACCCCCAUCACAACCCCCUGUGCCCUCACCCCCCACCACCCCUAAAUACCCUUUUUCAACUGCUACUACUCCUAACAACACUCCAUUUUUUCCGUCCUAUCCAUCGCCGCCGUCGCCGCCAUCGCCGGCUUCUUUUGCUUCGUUUCCGGCGAAUAUCUCGUCACUCAAUCUUCCACAGCCUUCAAAGUCAAAAUCCGCUUCAUCUAAGCUCAUAGUUGCGGCCGUCGCCGCCGUACUUGCCGCCGUCGCCAUUGUUGCUAUUGUUGUGUUCCUCCACUUCCGCAGGCGAAGAAAUCAAUCUUCUAAUGAAUCGAAAAGCCAACUAUCUGAUAAUUACAGCAGUGCUCGAUUUAAUAACGCCCCGAAUAACAACCAUAUCCCGAAGCUCCAGAGGCCAUCGCAAUCUAGUUCAGAGUUUCUCUACCUGGGUACUUUGGUUAAUUCACAUGGUGGAAGUGUUAUUGGUUCGCGCAAUGUUUACAAUGGAAGCAGAACCAGUGAUAGUAACGCUUCAAAUUCGCGAAAGUUGGACUCGCCGGAGCUACACCCGUUGCCACCGUUGAAAACGCAUAGUUUCCAGCAUAAUUACAGAAACACGGAGGCGGCUUCUAGUAAAGAUGAGGAAGAUGAGGAGUUUUACUCUCCCAAAGGAUCGUUAAAUGGCAGGGAAAGCUCUAUUGGUACUGGAUCGGCUUCCAGGAGGGCUUUUGCAGCUGUAGAGGUGGGGAAUUUUAACGGUUCUACUUCAAAUUCUUCGUCCACUUACUCUUCAUCGGUAACUGGUUCCGGGUCCGCAUCUCCGGUUAGAUCCGUGUCGUUGAGCGUUUCUCCGGCGAUUAGUUUGAGCCCGAGAAAUUCGAUUCUCAAGUCGCCGGACUUGAUCGAGAUUCAGAUGGCUCCAGCGCUGAUGCAAACGACAAUGGCAUCAGAGCCUGCUCCUAGUGGCUUGGUGCUUAGGGAAUCUGCGUCGCCUUCGCCGCCGAGUUCAUCGUCGCCGGAGAGAUAUUCGAGGAGAAGUGUAGAAUCUUCGCCCAGGAUUUCAAAUGCUUCGGAUCAGAAUGUGCAGUCUCCAGUAAGAAUCAGUAGCCCUGUCCAGCAAAAUGUGACUAUUAUACCACCUCCGCCUCCUGCUGCUGCAGUGCAUCUCUCUGUUCCAAAGCCACCUCCUGCACCUGUUUCUGUUCCACCACAGGCUCCACCACCCCCACCCAGUAAACUCUGGGAGAGUCCAAGGACUCCAAUUCCGCCUGCUAAAAAGCAGGUGUUGGGGCCACCUGUUUUCAUAACGCCUUUCAGACCAAUGAGUAUCGACACUCCUCCAUUGAUUUCUCCAAUCGAGUUGCCUUCUAGUAAUUCAGAAACUGUUUCAAAUGAGAAGCAAUUUUCCAACGAGUCCAUGGAGAAAAGUGAGGAGACUACUCCUAAGCCAAAAUUGAAGCCACUGCAUUGGGAUAAAGUAAGAGCAAGCUCUGAUCGUGAAAUGGUGUGGGAUCAACUUAAAUCCAGCUCAUUUAAAUUGAAUGAGGAGAUGAUUGAGACAUUGUUCGUUGUGAAUACCCCAAAUCCAAAUCCGAAGGAAAUGGCCAAGCGGCCAGUUCUUCCCUCGCCUAACCAAGACAAUGGUAAUCGGGUACUUGAUCCAAAGAAAUCUCAAAAUAUUGCCAUUCUGUUGAGGGCACUCAAUGUCACUGUAGAUGAAGUUUGUGAAGCCCUUUUAGAAGGUAAUGCAGAUACUCUUGGUACUGAACUUCUAGAGAGUUUGUUGAAGAUGGCUCCAACCAAGGAAGAAGAACGUAAGCUAAAAGAAUACAAAGAUGAUUCUCCAAGCAAGAUUGGGGCUGCCGAGAGAUUUUUGAAGGCGGUUCUUGAUAUACCUCAUGCAUUCAAAAGACUAGACGCAAUGCUAUACAUAUCCAAUUUCGAUUCGGAGCUUGAAUACCUCAAAAAGUCAUUUGAAACUCUGGAGACAGCUUGUGAAGAAUUGAGGACAAACAGGAUGUUCUUAAAACUUCUAGAAGCAGUUUUGAAGACAGGAAAUCGCAUGAAUGUUGGAACAAAUCGGGGUGCUGCACAUGCCUUUAAGCUAGACACACUACUCAAACUUGUAGAUGUCAAAGGAGCCGAUGGGAAAACCACACUUCUGCAUUUUGUUGUUCAGGAGAUAAUAAGAAGUGAAGGUGCCCGUCUUUCUACUGGGAACAACAACGACAAGUCAUCUGUAAACGAUGAUGCCAAGUGCAGGAAGCUUGGCCUUCAAGUCGUGUCAAGUCUCAGCUCAGAGCUCUCAAAUGUAAAGAAAGCUGCUGCCAUGGAUGCGGAAGUGCUUAGUAGUGAUGUGUCCAAGCUUUCAAAAGGAAUUGGGAACAUUGCAGAAAUUGUAAGACUAAAUGAAGCAAUACCUUUGCAGGAAGGUAGCAGCCAUAGAUUUUCUGAGUCUAUGAACAGUUUCAUGAAAAAAGCCGAUGAAGAGAUUAUAAAGAUUCAAGCCCAAGAAAGUGUUGCUCUGUCUCUAGUGAAGGAAAUUACCGAAUACUUCCAUGGAAACUCAGCCAUGGAAGAGGCUCAUCCUUUCCGAAUCUUCAUGGUCGUCAGAGACUUUUUAACUGUUCUUGAUCGGGUAUGCAAGGAAGUUGGAAUGAUAAAUGAACGAACAAUAGUCAGUCAUGCCCACAAAUUUCCAGUUCCUGUGAAUCCAUUGCUACAACAAGUUUCAGGUGGAUUCCCUGUUAAGAGGCAAGACACUUCAUCAGACGAGGAGUCCACAUCCCCUUAA